GCCAUGCACCGUCUGUAUUCUCACGAAAAUUAUGCCCUUAACGAUUUUGAUACCUUCGUUUCGUUGAAGAUUCAUGCGCUUUAAUCUAACCUAUAAUUUGCGUUUUUCCGCUAAAACACUCGAUUGCCAUCACUUGUCACGCUGCAGUUUGUUUUACUGUCAGUUUAAUAGUCAGUUUCCAUUUCAAGCUUAAAUCAAAGUGACAAGAGUGAUAUUUGCUCCUCUUAGCCAAAUUUAUCUUUUAAAGUAUUUGAUAUUUGUGGCAUUUACGUAGGCAUUAUUUAAAAUUGAUGAUUUGUACGUGCAAUUUGAAGCUUGUGGGCAAUGCCAGAAAUGGAGCCAUUGAAGAUACACUUGGACUCGUUAGAAAUGGCUGGGAAAAUGGUAGACAAACAUAUUAUUGCGGACAGUAACUUUCCAUCCUUAAUUAAUCUUAUGCGAUACAACGUGCAAGGCGGACCAACUGUUAGUGGUCUCGAUGACCAUGACUACCCUAGCCUGAAUGGUGCAUCAAGUUUAACGAACAUUAAUCAGAUGAAGAUACAUAGCAAAAUUCCCUUGCCUUCUGAGGUAAUGGAGCAUUUCGGCCACAUGCAAUGUCAUUGCAUGAUGGGCCUUUUCACAGAAAUUUCAAAGGCUUGGUUGACAAUCGACAGCGACAUGUACCUGUGGUCUUAUGAAAAUGAGUCGGAUGUCGCGUACUUUGAUGGAUUGAAUGAAACCAUUAUAAGCGUAGGUUUAGUAAAACCCAAAAUGGGGAUCUUCCAGAAUUACGUGAAAUACUUGUUGAUCCUCACAACCACGGUAGAAAUAACCAUUCUCGGCGUUAUGAUACCCGAUGAUACAAAAGAAGUGCAGUUAGUCCCGGAGCCAAUUUUUACCGUCACCACUGACGGAGUGGGGAUCACUACAAUUGCCAAUACGAGCAGCGGCAGAAUCUUUCUCGGUGGCAGAAACGGCUCGCUGUUCGAGAUAUACUAUCAGGCAGAGAGCAGCUGGUUCGGUAAACGCUGUAAGAAGAUAAAUCACUCGGAAGGUCCGCUCUCAUUUCUCGUACCGUCAUUUGUCACUAUGGCUCUGUCGGAGGAAGAAGCUAUAAUACAGAUAUCCGUGGACGAUUCGCGUAAUAUUUUGUACACUUUGGGCGAUAGGGGCACAAUCACGGUUUGGGAUAUUGAUAAUAGCGGCGCAUCUAGAAUCACGUCGCUGUCCCAAGCUUCCUUGGUACAAAAUACCGUUCACGUUGUUAAGACCCUGGAUAGCAAUAACUUUCGGCCGCUCGUGAGCAUAUCGGCCAUAACGGAGUCCGAAUCGGUGCACCUGAACCUGGUCGUUGUUGCGGCGACGGGGACUCGCUUUUACUUCAGUUGCACUUCCGUUACAAAUCCGUCGAGCAGGCCGCAAACCUUGCAGCUGAUACACGUCAGGUUACCGCCAGGCUACGCAGCGAAUGCUCCAGUGAUGAGGCCACGGAAAGUACAAAUGGCGUAUUAUCGCAAGGGAACCCUCAUCCUCGUUUGUGGCGGUGACACGGAAACUGCAUGGUGCUUGAGUAACGAUGCUUAUCCGUUUACGAAUUACUUGGCUGAAACUCAGAGUAUCCUGCCUCUCGACAGUCCGGCCUGGGCUAUGGAAGAAAUAAUAGGCGAUUCAGCUGUGCACAUAGAGAAGCAGACCAGCGCCCAGGGUGAACCUCCACUGCUAGUGCGCCAACACAUGGAACCGCCAAGGAAAUUCAUAUUUCUCACGGCACAGGGAGCCAUAAUCUUGAUGCAAGUACGCCCCGUGGACAUCCUGAGGCAACUUCUCUUGGAACAACGUGGACCCGACACCGAAGCAGUACGCGCGUACUUUCAAACACAGUCCCUCGAGCAAGCCUGCGCUACGUGUUUGAUUCUAGCGACGCUCGAGAGUUCUCAAAACGCGCAGCUGUCAGAAUGGGCAACCCGUGCAUUCUUUCUGUAUGGUGGUCAAAGGAUAGCGGGAAUAGGUCCGUCGAUUGAUAUGCACGGAUUUUCCGGUAUAAGUCCAAUAGAUAUACGAACGUCCACGCCGAGGGUGCAACCUUUCGACGCCCGAGCGCAGGCUUUCCGAUCAUCCGCGCAAAUGGGUCUCGGCACAGACCUCGCUUUGCAACACUUCUCUGCUAAGCAUAACGGUUUAUAUCUCUAUGUGGGAAGAAUCCUUCGUCCUAUAUGGAACGUAAGGUGCAUAAAACAAGAGAUAAUAAGUAACAAAAGUGUGAUAUCCAGCACGGUACCGGCGGCACAAAUAGCUUGGAUUUUGGGCCAUUUGCAAGCGUUGAGGACUUUCUUAAACAAAAAUACGAAUAUCACGAAACAACAAAACGCGAUCAGCAGAAGUAUAACGGAUGGAUUUGAGACGACGAUUCCAAGUCACUUUCAAGAACCGAUUGUGGAGGAAAGAAAUUCGUUGGACGCCCUAAAGGUGUUUAUCACGCAUGCCUGCGAGGUUCUGGGUUUGUGGAAGAUACUGUGCGAGAAUCAGUUAAACUGCAUUGUCAGCAGUUUAUCAAAGGAUCAGAUUGCUCAAUUCUCAACGGCCACUUUUAGGGAUUUGAUUUUAAUAGGUCAUGAAAUAUCUUCUCUACUCAUUGUUCAUUUGAUCGAUAGUUACCUUGGGGAUAAUGCAUCAGUCGAUUCCGUAAGCUCGAAACUGAGAGAAGUGUGCCCUAAUUUAUAUAGAACCGAAGAUGCUGUUUGCUCCAAGGCGAACGAGAUUCUUCUGAAAGCAAAAAGUUGUACAAAUCCCGAGGAGAAGGAAUGUUACCUUCAAUCUGCCUUAAAGCUCUGCAAAGAGGUAGCACCCAGGCUGAAUUUGAACGCGGUGUGCCAACAAUUUGUCGCGUGCCAGUUCUACAUGGGAGUGCUCGAGUUGUGUAUUUGCUGCGCGGAAAGGGUCGAUCCCAACAAUGCCGCCUCGCAUUAUUACAAAAAUAACGAGCCUCAAGAAGAUCAGGAAGGAGCCCUGGCCUUUGCAAAACGUUCGGAAAUUUAUAAGGAAUUUGCCACGAUGUUGGAUCACCUGUAUCACCAAAGCAUCUCGAAUCCUUUAACGCCAACCAUACCGAGCAAACCCGGACCACCCUUGCAGACCGCGUCAACCACAACGGUGACGCCGGCGAAGGAGACGCUGCACGAGGUCAUAGUCGACGCGCUGCAAGCCCCGUGCGAGACGCUUCAUUCCUGCAUCUACACUUGGAUGAUAGAACGUGGUCUUCACGGUGAGUUAGUCGCGCUUGCCGCGCCCUCGCUGGAGACUUACCUCAGCCGCAUCAACGCCCCGGAAUUACUUCCGCGCACUGCCGAACUACUCUGGCAGUUUUACGAGAGAAACAAGGAUCACGCAGCUGCAGCGAAAAUCCUCGACUCCUUGGCCAGCAAAGUCGGGUCGGACGUAUCAUUGGCGAAGAGGGUGGAGUAUCUGGCACGAGCGGUGGUCUGCAUGCGAAGCGAUCAGACUGGAUACGCCCCGUACCUCGGAAUUUUCUUGCGCGAAUUGGAAGACAAAUUGGAAGUCGCUAGAAUGCAGCAACAGAUAUUGGACAUCAUCAGCAAUCAGCAAAACGUCUUUGAUUCGAUGACGGUGACGGAUGCAAAGUUGAGACUAAACUCUUCGUUACUCGAUAUCACGCAGCUGUACGAGGAAUACGCGGAACCGUUGCAGCUUUGGGAAUGCAAAUUGGCAAUAAUUCAUUGCUCGGGUCAUCAGGACGACAUGCUGAUAAAAGGGAUCUGGACAAACAUAAUCGAUAAUGAAUUAGAAAAUGCAACGGAACCUUUGAAUGAAGAUAAAAUGACCAUUUUGAUGAGUAAAAUUAAAUUACUUGGCCAAGAGUAUACUGGAUCUCCGCAUUGCUUCCCAGUUGAUUUUCUAGUAAAACAAUUAGAAAUGAAGGCAUGCAAAUACAAAGUAUCUAAUACUAGUAUUAUAACUGGAUUUUUGGAAUUGGGAAUAGCGAUGGAAGACCUCUUAGAUAUUUAUGAUAAACUGAUCGGCAAAAAUACCCGUACUUGGUUAAACGAAGGCAAUGAAUUCCACUUGAUCGAAUCAACAGCAAACUUAGUAAAUUAUUUUAUAACCAACUCGAGCGUAACAAAUACUUUCAUCAGGAGAAAGAUAAUAACAAAAUGUCAAGACGUCAUUUCGAAGUGUUUAACAACUCUUUUUAGCAAGCCCAACGGCGGGGAUCUUGACAGAGAAAUAGCAAAUCUGCGAUCAAUUCAGAGCAUAUUGAAUCGCAUGUGAAAGAGUAUUACCGAAAUAAUGAGGAAUGAAUAUGUACACAGAUUUGAGCAUUUGAUGAUGGAAAGAAAGAUAAACUUUGUAAUUUCUAUUCAAGUUAUUUAAUAAUCCCUCCUAACAUAAAAUGCAAUGUUAUGUAUAAUAUUAAAUAAAUUGAUUGCUCAACUUGGUGAAUUUUUACAUAAUAUUAACAUUUAAUUAUAACUCGGAAACUGUAAACGAUAAAAAGUUUAUUCAUAAAGUGAAAUAAAAAUUACACUGC